ACUUGGAAGGAGAGCAUGCUGGAGCACUCUGGUGGCCUUGUGCUGCGCCCUGCUGUCCUUCCCAGGGGCACAUCGAUAAUCCGUGUCCAGUCACCGGAGGGGGUGAAGCGUAUCACGGCAGCAAAACGAGAAACAGUUGCAACAUUUCUAAAGAAGGUUGCAAAAGAGUUUGGCUUCAGGAAUAAUGGCUUUUCUGUGUACAUCAAUAGAAACAGGACUGGGGAGAUCACAGCAUCACAAAACAAGUCCCUCCACCUCCUGAAAAUCAAACAUGGGGAUAUGUUGUUCCUCUUCCCCUCGAGCCCCGCUGGCUCCUCCUCGGAGAACAUGGACACCUCUCUCCCCCAAGGGCUGCUGCGCCCCAUGGGGGCCCCCAACGUGGUGGAGGAUGAGAUUGACCAGUACCUAAUCAAACAGGACGGGAAGAUUUACAGGAAUCGAGAUCAGCAACUAUGCCGACACGGCCCUUUGGGUAAAUGUGUGCAUUGCGUACCGCUAGAGCCUUUUGAUGAAGAUUAUUUAAACCAUCUGGAACCUCCCGUGAAGCACAUGUCAUUCCAUGCCUACAUCAGGAAGCUGACCGGAGGAGCAGACAAGGGGAAGUUUGUUGCUCUGGAGAACAUCAGCUGCAAGAUUAAAUCUGGGUGCGAGGGGCAUCCUCCCUGGCCAGAGGGCAUCUGCACCAAGUGUCAGCCCAGCGCCAUCACGCUCAACAGACAGAAAUACAGGCACGUUGACAACAUAAUGUUUGAGAACCACACGAUAGCGGAUCGCUUCCUAGACUUCUGGAGAAAGACAGGGAACCAGCAUUUCGGGUACUUAUACGGCCGAUACACAGAGCACAAGGACAUCCCUCUGGCGAUCCGGGCUGAGGUAGCUGCCAUCUAUGAACCGCCACAGAUUGGUACCCAAAACAGCCUGGAGCUCCUGGAAGACCCGAAAGCUGAGGUGGUGGAUGAGAUUGCUGCAAAACUUGGCCUGACAAAGGUCGGCUGGAUAUUCACGGAUCUGGUCUCUGAAGAUACGCGGAAGGGGACUGUUCGAUACAGCAGGAACAAGGAUACAUAUUUUUUAAGUGCAGAAGAGUGCAUCACUGCUGGAAACUUUCAGAACCAGCAUCCCAACAUAUGCCGCCUGUCUCCAGAUGGUCACUUUGGAUCCAAGUUUGUCACUGUUGUGGCUACAGGGGGGCCCGACAACCAGGUGCACUUCGAGGGUUACCAGGUCUCCAAUCAGUGCAUGGCGCUGGUGCGGGACGAGUGCCUGUUGCCGUGCCGGGACGCCCCGGAGCUCGGCUACGCGAAGGAGUCCAGCAGCGAGCAGUAUGUGCCUGACGUAUUCUACAAGGACAUAGACAAGUUUGGCAACGAGAUCACGCAGCUAGCUCGCCCGCUCCCUGUCGAGUACCUAAUCAUUGAUAUUACUACCACGUUCCCCAAGGAUCCAGUUUACACUUUUUCUAUUUCUCAAAACCCAUUUCCUAUUGAGAACCGUGACGUGCUGGGAGAAACUCAGGACUUCCACAGCUUGGCCACGUACCUGUCUCAAAACACGUCCUCUGUGUUCCUAGACAUCAUCUCUGAUUUCCAUCUGCUCCUGUUCCUGGUCACCAAUGAGGUCAUGCCUCUGCAGGAUAGCAUCAGCUUGCUGCUAGAGGCGGUGAGGACCAGGAACGAGGAGCUCGCGCAGACUUGGAAGAAGUCGGAGCAAUGGGCCACCAUUGAGCAGCUCUGUAGCACAGUGGGUGUCCCGCUCUCAGGGUUACACGAGUAUGGGGCCAUGGGCAGUUCGACACACGCCGCGUCCUCGGCCAUGUGGGCCUGCCAGCACUGCACCUUCAUGAACCAGCCCGGCACCGAGCACUGCGAGAUGUGCAGCCUCCCCCGGACCUAGCCCAGCGGCGCGGCGGGGGCCAGACUGACAAUACGG